AUACACCUGUGCUUUUCCUCCUAUGAUGUGUCAUAAUGUCUUCCACAAAGAGGUCCACUGAGAGAGUCUUUUGAGGCCCCUGAAGACGUAUUGCUCCCAAGAGUACAGCACUUAUUCAUCUGUGUUCUUAACCUGCUCUCUAUUUUGCUAUGCACUUCCAUGCCACUUCAUGCACCCACAGCCCCACGUUUCUUUAAUCUGUUGAAACAUGAAAUGAGUUUUGUGGCACUAUUUGAUCUGCUGUGAUUUGGAUUGUAGCUACCUCAUGUGUACUGGAUGUUACAAAAGUAUAUGAAUAAGUGUAAUUUAAGUUUUAUGAUUUCUGAUAUGACAUUACCACACAGUAACAUGUAGUAUCCCAGCAUACUAGGUCAUCAGGCACAGAGAGUGGAAGGAAAAGGAGGCUAACAGGAGCUCUGGGCCACACUUUAAUCUAUGUUUAAACUAUUUUGAUCUUUUGAAAAUUAACCUCCUCUAACCCUCCUGAGUUAGGAGGUCCCAGACCAAAACAUUUCUGUUUAGAUACUUCUAUAUUCUGUGCACAGCGGUUUCUGUGUGCUCACAAUGACUACACAGGACUGCUCUGGAACAAAAGUGUUUUGAUGGGGAGCUGUGUACAUGUAAUGCUGGACCUCAGCGGAACACAGACACACAGCUUCCUGCAGCCUGCAGCCUGCACUUUGGCCCGUAGCGCCGCGCUGCACCGCUGCUGGUCUCCGCACAGAGCCGACCAUGGAGGUUUCAUUUGCAGGAAAACGAGCUCUGGUCACCGGAGCUGGAAAGGGGAUUGGUAGGGCCACGGCUCUGGCUCUGGCACACAGUGGGGCAAAGGUCGUGGCAGUCACACGCACACAGGCUGACCUGAACAGUCUGGUACAGGAGUGUACGUCCAUCACCCCGGUGUGUGUGGACGUAGCAGACUGGGAGGCCACAGAGGCAGCCCUGCAGGAUGUUGGCCCCAUCGAUCUGCUGGUGAAUAACGCUGCCAUUGCCAAACUACAGCCGUUUCUGGAGGUCACACCUGACCAGUUUGAUCAGUCAUUCAGUGUGAAUGUGAAAGCUGUGCUGCAUGUGUCCCAGAUAGUGGCUCGUGGUAUGAAGGCCAGAGGAUCAGGAGGUUCUAUCGUCAAUGUGUCCAGCCAGGUCUCCCAGAGUGCCGUGAGAGACCACGCUGUCUACUGUGCCACUAAAGCAGCGCUGGACAUGCUGACUAAAGUGAUGGCUCUAGAGCUCGGACCCCACCAGAUCCGUGUGAACAGUGUGAACCCCACAGUGGUGAUGACUGACAUGGGUCGUCGGGGCUGGAGUGACCCUGAAAAAGCCAAGGCCAUGAUGUCCCGCAUCCCGCUAGGCCGCUUUGCAGAGGUGGAGGACGUGGUGAGCAGUAUUUUAUUUCUGCUGAGUGAUAAGAGCAACAUGACUAAUGGUGUCAUUCUGCCAGUGGAUGGAGGUUUUCUGGCCUGCUGACCAACUUGAGCCUCAGCACACAGCUCCUUGUUCAGAGGGAAAACCUCAUUUCAUUGUGCACCUAGAGGUCAAUCUUAUUCACUAAAUAAACUGAAGGCAUAAAUGACAGA